AUGCUUGUUCUGGUUGCGCUCUCCCUCUUCCAACUACUUGUCACCGGAACCAACGUGGUUGAAGACACCAAAACCCCAGCGGCUUCCGACCAGUUAACCUACCGGUUCAGCGGCGAUGAUUUUGGUCUAGGGACCAAUGACAGCGUCUCAGCGGACGCAGACACUUUCGCGCCGUGGUCAUACAAGCCUGCGUGUACGGCAAAGAUCAGUGAAAUCGACAGCGAACUGUGCGUCUACACCGACCGGUUCUUCAGCGAUGGCCGGGGUAUCUCGAUCUUCACUACUCCAGAAGUUGCCAAAGAAUUUGUUUCCCUCCUAGCCUCUUUGAAGAGCUCGGUACAACCGGAUGGCGACGCAUCGGGGGUCAACCAUUUCACAGGUGCGUGGUACACACACCCGGUCCCUGGCAAGGGAAUCGGUAUGCUGGCCAAACGUGACCUGAUCCGUGGCGACAUGAUCACGGCCUACACUCCUGUGUUGCUCGCGUCCAAGGAAGACCUCCUCCCCAAAGACCAGCGAGAGAAAUUUCUCCGGCUGGCAAUUUUCCAGUUACCCACCCCAUCGCGCGAAGCGUAUUGGAAUUUAGCCACGCUCUCCGACGACGAGAAGGACAGCCACCGCGCACAGGAUAUUGCCGGAGCAAACGCCUUUGAGAUCCGACUCGACGGGAAGCAAGGAAGUAAUCCCGAAGCAUCGGCUGCGGACAUGCCUGGGUCAGGGACAGCCCAUCUGGCCGUCAUCCCCGAGGCAUCGCGCAUGAACCACGACUGUGCGCCCAACGCUGUCUUCUACAUCAACGCGUCGACUCUCGCCCACGUCGUGCGUGCCACGCGUCCGAUCCGCAAGGGCGAGGAGAUCACCAUCGCCUACACCAACCCGCUGGCCCCGCGGGCUGUGCGGCAGAAAUACCUCUCGGACGCGUUCCAUUUUACAUGUACAUGCUCGCGCUGCGUCCGCGAUGGCAGGACCGACACCCACACAAACGCAGGUUCAGAUACUGAUGUCGACGCGGCCUUGUCUGAGAUAGCCUCCCUCCAAAACACGCUCUCGCGCUGGUCCGACCCGACUUCAGACGCCAGCGUCAAGCACGCCGAGCGCCUCGUGCAGCUACACCGCGAUGAGGGCUUGGAGGGGUACCUCGACCCGGCGUACUGCUACGCGGCGCUCAUGUACAGCGCGGUGGGCAGCCUGCGUGGCGCGCAAAAGUACCUCCCGCUAGCGAUCGAGGCGAUCGAGCUCCGACUCGGUCCUGGGGCACCCGAUCUGCCAGCGUGGCGGGCCAUGUUGGACGAUCCGACCAGGCAUUGGAGCUGGAUGGUCAGGAAGAGGGGAGCGGCAAGCGGUCACGGUCACGGGCACGGGUCGCGGGUGAGAGGGGAGUUGUAA